AAUUCACUAAAGAAAUGCUUGAAUGGAAAUCAGAACGAGUAGAAAUAUGGGAUACAAAAAUGAACGCGAUGCAAAGCACAGGAUUCGACAAAACAAUCAGUAAUGAUGAAGAAAUUGAAUAUCCACAAUAUGUUUACGAUAUAAUUGCAGAAAACCAACCUCAUUAUCAAUACUUGUUUCAACAUAGAAUUAAAAUUUAG